CGUCCUUUCUCUCUUUCUCUCUUGGGCUCUACUUAAACCUUUUAACAACUGGGAUAAAAACGCAACACCUCAACCAAGAAAAUCUCUCAGAGAAUGCUUCAGCAGCACUACAUUUGAGAAAACAACAACAACAACAACAACAGCCAUUUAAAAAGAUCAACUUCAGAGAAACCCUUCAUUUUUGGACUUCACACUGUUUACUGCCUAAAAGAGAAAAAGAAAGAAAAAGUACAUCAUGGAACUUCAGAAACUAACAAAUGGUCACCACCAGGAAUUUCAACAACUUGAGGAAGGAGAGCCAACUGAACGAGAGGAGUUUUUGCCACACAAGAGUGAUGGAGGAAAAACCCCUCAGUUUACAGACUUUGAAGGAAAGACGUCAUUUGGAAUGUCUGUCUUCAACCUCAGCAAUGCCAUCAUGGGAAGUGGGAUUCUGGGACUGUCCUACGCCAUGUCCAACACUGGGAUUGUCCUCUUUCUGGUUUUGUUGACCUGCAUUGCUGUUUUGUCAUCAUACUCCGUGCAUCUUCUGCUGAGGAGCGCAGGAGUUGUGGGUAUUCGCGCUUAUGAACAACUGGGUAAACGAGCGUUUGGACACCCGGGGAAAAUACUGGCAGCUGUUGUCAUAACGAUGCACAACAUAGGUGCUAUGUCUAGCUACCUCUUCAUUGUGAAAUAUGAAUUACCUCUGGUCAUACAGGCUUUUCUUGGCCUUCAGCACAGCAGUGGUGAGUGGUUCCUAAAUGGCAACUAUCUGAUCAUCAUUGUGUCCAUUUCCAUCAUCUUGCCACUUGCUCUGAUGAGACAGCUUGGGUACCUGGGCUACACCAGUGGCUUCUCUCUGACAUGUAUGGUAUUCUUCUUGAUCUCAGUCAUCUAUAAGAAGUUCAACAUCCCCUGUCCUUUUGAAGAUUUUUCCAACCACACAGUUGUUUCAAACAUAUCUAUCAUUGAGGGUGAAUGUGAAGCCAAAUUCUUCACCAUCAACCAGCAGACUGCCUACACCGUUCCCAUUCUGGCCUUUGCUUUUGUUUGCCACCCUGAGGUUCUGCCGAUCUACACUGAGCUACGCAAUCCCACAAAGAGACGCAUGCAGGCCAUCGCCAACGUCUCCAUCCUUGGGAUGUUUGUCAUGUAUCUGCUCACUGCCAUCUUUGGCUACCUCACCUUUUAUUUAAACACAGAAGCAGAACUUCUCCACACCUACAGUAAGGUGGAUCCUCUAGAUACGCUGAUCCUGUGUGUGCGAGUGGCUGUUCUGGUGGCCGUGACUCUGACUGUUCCUGUUGUGCUCUUCCCGAUUCGCAGAGCCCUUCUUCAGCUUCUGUUCCCUGAAAAGCCUUUCCAUUGGGCACGUCACAUCUCUAUUGCCUUGUGUCUCCUUUUCGUUGUCAAUCUGCUCGUCAUUUUUGUGCCCAACAUUCGAGAUAUUUUCGGCAUCAUUGGUGCGACCUCUGCUCCGAGCUUGAUCUUCAUCCUACCCGGUCUUUUUUACAUCCGUAUCGUUUCCCCUGAGCAAGAACCAAUGAACUCAAGACCAAAAAUUCUGGCGGCCUGCUUUACUGCUCUGGGCUUCAUCUUUAUGACCAUGAGCUUGACAUUCAUCACACUGGACUGGGUCUACGGAGAGAAUCGAAGUGGAGGAGGUCACUGAUCUUCAACCACGAUAUUGUAAGGGUCCAAACAGCCUUCUUAGAGGAACACCAUCACCCCUUUGCUCUCCCGAAUGUGAGAGAAACCAAAACAUCUCUUAGGCUGGACCCAACUCGCCUCAGAUCCCACUGAGUAAGGAAAGGACUGACGUCCUGCCAUCUUUCAAAUACAAUGGAUAAAUCCUAUGAUGUUUCAUGGUGGAGGAUUUCUGGGGGACACAGAAAUGUCAUGCUAUUUUGAGGCCGUUUCUAUCGGCUUCAUAACAUUAAAUGAUGUUUGUGUUGGAGAUGGAGGCCCGCUAUAUAGCUUUAAAAUAAUGCAAGAGAUACAGCAGAAGCCAAACUAGAUGACUGGAGAGGUUCGUUUUAUUGUCCGAUGGAGGCUAGGAAACAAUCAGGUUCAUCACCAGUCGCCAGUUUUCUGUUGUCCCCAUCAAAUGUAAGCCAUAUUCUCAGAGUGCAAUAGCUGGGAAAUUGAUACACAUUUUCCUUCUUCAGCUGGUUCAUCCAAAAAUGUUGCUUGUGAUAAGAAACUUCAACCUCAUCUCAUACAGUCUUGUACUGAAUCUGUCAGUUUCUUUUAUAUCUGAGAAUCAAACUGCUGAAAUUCGAGGUGUGAAAUUGAAUUAAGGGGAAAAAUUCACUUGAGAUUAAAAGGGUCUUAUAAUAGAAACUGCACUACAAAUGGAAACAGACAAUCAGCUUUAUACCGUUUCAGUUUUUUCCUUUUCUGCUGGAUAUCAUUUAUUUUGUUCAACAAAUGUGAGGUACGUACAGUUGCAGUAUUUCGUUGUGCCAUGGGGUGAAUUGCCAUCUAUGGUUUCAGAAGAGGAACAGGUGGAAAACUACAUUUAAGGUGCUUAUUAUAUUACUGAGAUGGAAUCUAACAUGUGAAUUUACUGAUUCAAGCCAUAUUUCCAUUGGUCAGUCACAAUCUAACACAACAUCCAUGAAAACGAACACAUUCGUGGAAGUUCAUGGAUAAGUAAACUAGCAAAUUGUCUCUAGAUUAGUAAAUGUAAAGAGCCAAAAAGCAAAAAAAAAAAAA